ACCAGAACCAAAACCAACCAACCAGACUGAAGAAAAUUAAAGUGAAGUGAACUAGUGAAAAAGUGAAGUGACUAAGACUUAGUGACAAUCAUGGUUGACAGGCUAGUUAACAGUGAGGCAAACGCUCGUCGUAUUGCUAUGGUGGAAAACUGUUAUGGCAGUUCUGGGCAGCCCUUAGCAGUUCCUGGUCGAGUCUUGGUGGGAGAGGGAGUCUUGACAAAAAUGUGCCGGAAAAAACCCAAAGCUCGCCAAUUUUUCUUAUUCAACGAUAUUUUGGUCUACGGAAAUAUUGUCAUCAAUAAGAAAAAGUACAAUAAGCAACACAUAAUCCCUCUAGAAGAAGUCAAGUUAGAGUCAUUAGAAGAUGACGGGCAGUUGAGAAACGGCUGGUUGAUUAGGACGGCUUCCAAGUCAUUUGCUGUUUAUGCUGCGACGUCUACUGAAAAACAAGAGUGGAUGGCUCACAUUAACAAGUGCAUUGAAGAUCUUCUUAGGAAAAGUGGUAAGAAAGCUGUGGAGGUUCAUGCAGCAGUGUGGGUCCCAGAUUCAGAGGCUCCGAUCUGCAUGCAUUGCAAGAAAAACCAGUUUACGGUCCUCAAUAGAAGGCACCACUGCAGGAAAUGCGGAGCCGUGGUUUGUGGCCCUUGCUCCAAUAAAAGGUUCCUUUUGCCCAACCAGUCGUCCAAGCCUCUCCGUGUGUGUCUGAACUGCUACGACACUCUGUCUCGAGCCAAGGCCCAACAGAACUCCAAUGACAACUCACUCAACAAAUCAGAUUUGAAAGAGCGAAGUGGCUCCGCGGACUCUUCCGGCGAGGAAGAUUCAGACGAAGAAGAAGACAGGUCCAUGAACAAUGAGACAGAUCAUGAUCAGAGAGACCAUAUCAGUCGUAAGUCUAAUGGGGUGACACCCCCUCCUCGAUGGAGGCCUCUACGGACGACAGUUGUCUGAUCAGCUGUUCGUGAGUUGAUCAGCUGUGAUUGGUUUGGAGUUGUUUUGAAAGCGUCUUUCAUGGUAGAUUAGACUUCAUUGUGUUUUGGAAGAUUUUAUUUACGAGAAGCCCAAGUUCUAUGGCACCACCUAAUGUUGGAUGUCUCUACAACGAUGCGCUGACUGCUCGUCGCCUCGUUGUGGACCGUAACUCCGAUGUUUCUCAAACUGUUCUAGGAGUUGACAAAACCUACUGCAAAUUCAGGCCUUUGUUGUCCAAAUGUAAUUGAUUCCAAGGUGUCCUUGUAUAUAUACAUUUUUUGAGACUGUGUAGUGUAUUGAAACUAUAAGGCAUAUUAUUGUUCUUUGUCUUAGUAUUUUUUUUAUAUUUUGGAUCCAUACAUCUAGACAUUUCUUUUCAAUUUAUUAAGUAGGCUACUGCAAUUUUAUAAAUUUGUAUUUUUUUAUCAUACAAUCCAAUUUGUUGGUAUAGCCUGUUAUUUCAAAAUAAAGAUAGUUCAAAAUUGUAAUUUUGACCUCAAAUUUUGAUUUACAUGAAUUUUCUAAUUGACAAAACUAGCAACUACAUAUCAAACUAUUCAAAUUUUAAUGAAACAUACAAUCAAAGGUUAUAUGAAAAUUUUAAGGACACCUCUGACCAACUAUCUUGCAACAUAAAGUAUAAAUUGUUUUGUUGUUGAAUAAGAUCUAAAUGAAACUAUAUAAUAUAUAUUGUAAAUUAAGUGUUAUCGCAUAUAUUGUUUUGUAAAAUUAUAGAAUUAAUAGGAACUUGCCAGGAGAAGCCUUUGUUUGGUGUGGACUUUGUACAUUAUUGUUAAUAAUGGAAUGUCAAUGUAGUUGAAUUUGUAUAAUCUUGGCUACAUAUCAGCUUUUCUCAUGUUUGCCUGCACUUAUUAAUAUAAUAAUUAUUUUAAUAACAUCCAUUAAACUGGAUUGUUAUCAUAAAGUAUGUUUAGUUUAAACAAAAUAUUACUAUUUUAGUUCUAUUUAAAAAAAUAAUUUUUAACUUCUCAUCCCUGUAGCUGUUAUAUAAUGUAUUUGUAAAUAUGAUAUUUCAUAUUCAGUAAUAUAGCUGCUUUUAAGUUCCAUAAAUCCAUCUGGCAAUCGGUAAAUUGAGUACUACACUACAACUCAUAAAAUAAUGUUCUGGCGAAGUGACGACUUGUACAUAAAAAAUGUAUAGGAAAUAUGAAGUUAAAUGUCUGUAAGUGUUUAACAUUUUUAUACAUUUAGAUAAAUGAUACUUUUCAUGAUACACUUCAUAUAAUCUUGUAGAAAUUCCUGGUAUUUCUUGUGAUAGUCAUUUUUUUAUACCAAUUGAUUAUCCAAGAGUUAUUCUUAACAUAACAGACUCUGACCGUGUUGUGUUUUGCAUUCAGUACCUUCAGUAAAAAUAUUGUUAUUUUUUUAUUGUUAGAUUUAAUCUAAACGCAACCCUGAUAUAGUAAAACAAAGUUCUACUGUUUCAUAAGGUGUAUAAACUGUAUUUUACAUUGUAAACCCCAAUCCUUCGUAGGAUAGGAAAUCUCUUUACUUGUUUUGUUUACGUACAUGCUUUAACUUAAAACUCUAAACCAACACUGAUUAAAUACAAGUAAAAAUAUUUAGCAUUUAUCUUUAUUUAUACACCUGCUCUGCGCUUGUGAGUAAAUAUUUAUUAAAAUUUCUGGAUUGUUUUCCUAAAUUGAAAAGGUUCCGGUAUUCAAUUUCUUACUAAAUUAUUGGAAAUAUGUCGAACUUGCUCUUUGUUCCUAAAAACUAUAAACCUGUACUUAUCAAGUCUCCAAGUCCGCACAGUUUAUAAAGUACUUAGACGGAUUGAUAUUUUUUUACUUACUUAAAAUAAGUACAAUAGAAACUUGAAGUUUAAUAAAUUAUUUUUCUAGCCAUUCUAUAGAGCAGUCAUGAUGUAGGCAUAUGCCUUUGACAAUUGAUACAUUGUAAUUUUAUUUAAUAUUUAGGAAACAUUCUAUUUUGUUUUUGGAGGGUUAUAUUCCUGAUUGUUUCAAAUUAGGUCCAUAUACAUUGUGUAAAACUAAAUUUAAAUAUGAACCCAAACAUUGUACUGUAUGAACAAAAUAACGUAGCCAAUGAGAGCACUAAAUAAUAGUUUAUAUGUCAAUUUAUCUACAGAAUAUUAUUAAAAUUCACUGUCUAUCGUGAGAAACAAAAAUAUUUAGCUUGAUUUAACCUACUAAAUCAAAUAAACCCUUUUACAUCAGGACUUAGCAAAUAUAGUAUUCAUCAAUGUUAAAAUAUCUGUUAAUUCUGUAUUAUCAUAUAUGCUUGACAUAAUUUUGUGUUACUUUAUCAACUUUAGGUACCUAUUUCUUAUCAGCUCCUGAACUGGUUCACUGUGUGAAUUUAUUCUCUUACAGUAAUUUUAUUGUAGCUAUUAUCAUUUUGUCACACCAAAUCAAGGGUAAGUACCCUAGUGAUUGUGAUUAAAAUCAAAUGUAGAUUACAGAAUUUGGAUUAUUUUAGAUACUUUUAUGAUAAAUGUAUAUUUUUAAAAAAUCCUCAUAAACGUAAGCUACAGGUUUGUUAUUACAUGGAAACUUAAGGUUAAGAUGGAGGCCUAAUUUUUGUGAUUAAGUUUAUUUUAAACUGUUGCGUGUAUUAUACACAAAAAAGGGUUGGUUAUUACAUUAGUAUAUUACAGAUAUAGAUUAAUAUAUUUUUGUUAAGUUAUCAAAUAAAGUGGUAGUAUUCACCACAAUUUAGUUAUAAGGUCUAUCAAGUUUUGUUCCAGACUUUCAAAGAGUGUGAAAUCGUUCAGUGCAAAGGCCUAGCAAUGACUAAAAUAGUUUUUUCCUCAACUAAUAAAAAGGCCUACUAUAAGGACAAUUUGGUUUUUUCUCUUACUUAACAAAAAUGCCAUAGUAGUGCAGCUGUAUGUCAAUUUGUUGGGAUUCUAGUUGCCUGUAUUUUGUCAGUUGGAUCAAAA